CAUGGCCGCCUUCGUUUACUCCAACUCCUAACACAAUCACCAAGUGGAUAUUAAAUUACCUAAAAUCUAUAUCAAAUCGCGUUAAAAGGAUAGAAAUACAGCUGAGAUUCGGUGAUUUCGAUUAUCGCGGGGAUUUUAUCGAUGGUGGGUUAAAUGAAAAGCUCCGGAAUGCAGAACUUUGAUGACCUCGAUAUCGAGGGACGAAAUGCAUCGCAUUUGUCUGAGGAAGAGCGUGAAAAGGAAGAGAGUGAUCGUAAGCGUUUGAUGCGAUGCAGUGUGACCGCCGAAGAUGGCACCCUCCGUCCCGUGUACUCACGAACCGAGGACGCCGACAUAUGGUGUCACAUCUGCAAUAUAGCCCUGUUCGGUGCUCACAAGCUCCACUCCCACAACACUUCGAGCCGCCACAAGAUAAAGCUCGACGAGUGGCCAUACCCAGUAUCCCUGUGGUCAAAAAGAGAUAGUCUCAAGUCAUCGGGAUCAGGUCAAGUAUCAAUUUCAGACGCCCUAGCACCUGGUGAACCAGUACCACCAGGUAUGGAGGAUCAGAUGACACGUGCAACGACAAUUCAAACAUCCCUUGAUCGUCAUCAGAGUUCACCGUUAGUUGGUCUCGAGUAUUUGUUAGAAUUGGUUGAUAAUGAAUCUUGCGAGCCAAGCUACACUUGUGUUUUGUGCGAUAAACGUGGAGAUCCGAGAACAGUUAUGGCACACAUUACGAGUUACAAUCAUCGUAUCACGUAUUUGAAUCGUCAUUUUCCGACUAUAUCGAGGGCUAUCACUGAAUUACCGAGGACACAGAAUUAUAAACGUGGUGCUAAUGAAAUAUCUGUACUUGUGGCCAAGAAGAUUGAAGAGAAAUUUGGUAGAUUACAGCCACAGUUGGUGGAUAAGGGACAGUUUGAAAAGAAUAAAAUGCAGUAUAUCAAGAAUGUUUAUCAGGACUUUCAUUUUAGGGAAACAGCAGAGGUAACGUUUAUGGAAGUUUACGAUGUGAGAUGGGUGACAAACUUUGAUGAGAAAAUGGCUGAAGUUAGCGGUGAAACGAAGAAAGAUGUUACAACUGAUGAGAAGAUUGAGAGUAAACCGAAGAAGGAAGAGAGUAAUUUGGAUAAAGCAUUUCCAAAGAAGAUUGAACCUGAUACUAGUAAAUCGGAAUUCAAAAUUCGAAUCCUAUCAAAAGAGAAGUUGAACCAAAAGUCGGACAAUGCAAAGAAGCUUCGUCCAUCUGACGACACAAAAUCCCUCUCCUCCUUAUCCUCAAUCUCCUCCUCUCCCUCUCCCUCCCGCUCGCGCUCUCGCUCGCGUUCUCCUCCUCCCCGAGUAACAACUCGCGAUCGUAAUCGCUAUCGGUCAUCGAAAUCCCGUCGAUCGCGUUCACGUUCUCGCGAGCCCCUCCGCGAACGCGACAAGUGGGACAAAUUCCGCGAACAAAUACGUCGGGCAGAGGAGACCCUCGACCGAGCCCUUAAAUUCCACGAGAAAAAUCCUGAGAAACACCCGUCCUAUCCCGACGAGUGGAAGAAAUUCUGGAAUCGUCGAUACAAGGAGCUCCAAGCCGAUGGCAAAGACCCGAGCAAGCACGACUUUAAGCCGGAAUGGAUCGACUUUUGGAACAAAAGGAUGCGCGAAAUUCAUAAUGAGCAGCUCUCGGCGCGUAAGGAGGAGAUCCGCAAGCGUUUGGACCUGCCGGAGGACAAACCGCCCGAGGCAAAAUGGCAGCCGCAGUCGCAGUCGCAGCCGACCCCAUCAGUAAAACGCGACAAGGUUGAACAGCAGCAGCAGCCUCGCUCAAGCCCUCCGAAACGCGCGCGCCACCACGUGGCCGACAGCGACGACGACGUCGAGUACGUGGGUACAUUGAAAACAACAAAACAACUUGAGAAGAGACCAGAUCCGUACGAGCGCCACCGCGAGGAACGCGAUUACGCCUACAGCUAUAUCCGCGCCAAACCCUCCUACCGAGCUUAUUAUCCCCCCCAACCGCGAAUAAUUCCGCGUGCGCGCCCGCAUUACUCAUACAUCGUCAAGGAGAAAUCUCCGUCUCCACCUCCUAAGGAGGAGCCCUUGAAAGAGGAUCUCGAGGUUGUCGGGCUUCUCCGACUUCUGACAGCCCUCGAGGGACAAUUAGGCUCACUCGGACCUAAAGUCGUUGCUCUUCUAUCGCGCGCACUUGCUGCGGAAAAAGCAAAGCCCAAUUCCGCGGAGGAACUCUUGCAGGAUGAGGAAGUUGCUGUACUAUUUGAAACGGUUAAGGAGAAGUUGAAGGGUCAGCUGUUUGCGGGAAUGAUAGAGAAAAUGGCGGUGGCCCCGACCAAGUCUGCUAUCACUAAUAUUGCGCAAUUGCUGCACAAAGCUGCCGAGGAAAAGAAGAAGAGAGUCGAGGAGGAGGAAAAGAGAAAGAAAGAGGCCUUGGAGAUAAGGCAGCAGAUAUCGGCAUCUUUUGCCAGUAGAUCGCUGUUGAUGAGGUCAAUUGACAUACCUCUGGUUAAGUCUGAACCUGUUAGUGUACCGGGAGUGGGUGCUGUAGAUAAAGUGGCCAUUGCUCAGCAGAUUGCAGCUGCUCUUAUCGCUCAGGGACGGACUAAUGUCUCUCAGGACGAAUUGGAAACACUGAUAAAUGCUGUGGUGGGGAUGGCGGAGGCCUCCAAGAAUUCUGAUAAACCAAUCACAGCUGCAAGCUUUGUUAAAAGCUUGACUGCUGCUACUGGCACAACUGAUGCUCCCAAGGCGCGAUCAGUCACUCCUCCUCCUCCUCUCAGCGAGACUAAACAAGCCAAACAAGUUAAAGAGAUCAGGGAAGUCGCUUCGGCUGCUGCUGCUGCUGUUGCUGCUGUCAAUCCAACGGCUGCUAAAGUAGUAGUCGAUCCUAUUGAGGCGCAUGCCAGGAGAAUGGAGAGUCUAACUGACAAUGAUCUCAAGGAUCUCUUACAGAACUUUAAGGAUCUUGGCACCGAUGAGCAGCAUGGAUUGAUCAACUUCUUGAAGAAAUUGGAGGCAUCUGAUCCCGCGAGAGUGGAAAAAUUGAGGGGAUUCGUGAAUCUGGGCGGUACCUCGUCCACGAGGGCUGAGACUCCCCCUCGAGAGGAGGAGCCAAAACACAGAACAAGUAUCUCCCCAUUCUCCACGCGAAAGGGAGGCCACAAUCCCACCGACGAUGAUCACGCCAAGUGGAAGCCCCAGCUGGACAUGUUCGCCGAUGAUGAAGAGGAGCUCCGAAAGAAAAAGGACGAGAAUAAGAACAAGAAAAUCGAUCUUUCCGAUGACGAUGAUGAUUACUCGUACGAAGACAUCUACAAAGCUGCUGACAAGAAUGUAGUGGAGAGUGAGAAGGCGAGAAAGCAUACACCAGAUUCCAGAUCCAACUCAUCACGCUCAUGGUCAAGAUCCAGAUCAAAGUCACCAAAGUCAAAGGAUGGUGGCGGGGGUAGGGGAGGGGGAGGGGGAGCAAAGUCCAGUGAUCCCACAGCUAUUCUCAAUGAGACCAAACGUCUCAUUGCAAACAUCAUGGGAGAUCUUCCAAACAAAUACGUGGUAAAGAGCCACAUGAAUCCUGAGAGGAGGGAGGACAAGGCACUCAACAACAAAGAUCCAGCACCCCCGGGCUCGACAAGUGUUUCCAUUCCCCAAUCCUUUCCAGCCCAGGGCUAUCCCAUACCAAACCUUCAGACUCCUCAGCUGCCACCCUCCUCCCAACAACAGCAUAAUAAUCCUGUGUCUUAUGCAGCAUCAACAGCAGCUGCAGCAGCAAUUGCGCACAAUCAGUUUGGAAAUCAGUUCAGUCAACAGCAGCAGAGCUUCAACAAUCAGGGUUACGUUAAUCCGAUGAGCAUGAACAAUGGAUAUAAUAAUUAUAAUCCACAGGCUAACUAUGGGAACAUGAAUCAGGGACAGUAUGGCCCACCUUCAACUCAUCCACAGCAGACUCAGUAUCCUCAGAUGUAUCACAAUCAGAAUCAGAAUCAGAAUCAGUAUCAACAAGUACCUGGUCCUGCGCCAAUUGGAUAUCCCCAGCAGAGUCAAUAUGGAAAUUACUCACAGCAGCAAAGGUUUUAUUAAUUUGUUAAUAUUCUUCAUUGAAAUGACUUCAUAUUCUGUGCUGUUUCAACAACAUUGGUUUUUUUUUGAAGCAGUGUCUAUUCGCACGCUCCGUGGUCAAUUUUACCGUCGAUCCACUGUUAUGAACUUUGAAUUUGAACUCUGCUUUCAGAGUUGAAAACUUUGUCAAAAUCGGUCAGUUACCGUGGAGCGUAUGAAUAGAUACUGUCUUUUUUAAAUCAAUUGUCAGACGUGUUAAUGGUGGUUUUUAUUGGUUCAUUGAUUCAGUGAAAGAGACGUUUUGCCUUUUUUUUUGUUAUUUUUAUUUUUCCUUUCAUUCAAAAAGAAAUUGGUAUAUUUUUUUACGGAGGCCGUUCACGUGAAAAAAUGACAAUUCUUUACAAAUAAGAUAAAAGUGGUACGAUUGAAUACAUGUGAGUGAUUAAUGUUUAUUGAUAUACUUCUCUUCGAAGGUGAUUCAUUAUUUUUCGUUUAGUUUUUAAGAUAUUAAAAAUCAUAAUGAAAAUAAUAAUAAUAAUAAUGAUACACUGGUAUGUAAACUUGUACUAUACCUUUAAUGAAAAAAAAUACAUGAUUCAAUUACA